AUAGAAAAUCGAUAAUAAAAUAUGACAACUGUUUUCAGUUUCAGAAAUCUUAACCACAAUCAUCCUAUAGUUCACGAACUAAUGAAUUGAUCACAAAAAAGAAAAGAAAUAAACAAAUUAUCCCUUGUAAAUAUGGCGACGGCAAAUCCCAGUUACUCGUGGAUUGGGGAUCACUGUUCACUGGUGUAUUGGGGAUUACUACACACACGAGCCCUUCAAUCGUAUUGUCGAUAGAGAAGAAGGCCGCAACUGAACAUACUGACUCGGUCGAGAUUAAUGUGUUGCAAAAUGGUCGUGGAAAAGAAAUGGAGAGGGAAGGCCAGUGCGAAUGAGCUAUACUUCGCGUGCCAGCAUAAUGCUGCUCAUUUGAUUCAAGAUCGUGUUGUCGAUCUGUUUCACUAAGGGUAGGAAAGUUGACAUUAGCUAGUUUCGUACAUGGUCAUUUUGCAUGAAUGACUGUGUAUCUUGCUGAGUGCAUUUCUUUUGGGGAUGUUUGGAGCUAAUGGAAGAGGUAUGAUCAUGUUUCUGGGUGAAAAUUAUUUGCCGGUCCCUCUCCAGGUGAACCAUCUUCUAUAACUAUUUACCUUCCAUGUGCCAAUCAAUGAAUGUCCUCAUCAUAUUAUGGUAAUUCUUUCUGGUUUUUAAGUGAUCAUGUAUGGUCUCAAUGUCUUAUAAAAUCUUUGGGGGGGUUGGGGGGGUUCGGAAACAGCUCAGAGUAAGUGCAAGAUCAACAUACAUCUCACCCUUCUCUGACUCUACCUCUGAGUCGGACGUAUGGGGCAUGCUUAAUCUGAAUAUGUUCUCUGAAACAGCCUCUCGGCUGCUAAGAGUAAGUGUAUAAUCAGCAUAUCUCUCACAUUUUCCCAACUCUACUUCCAAGUGGAACAUGUUGGGUAUGUUUAAUUUGUUUAUCUUUACAAAUUAGGUGGAUUUACGUUGAUCUUCCCUGUUGCAUGCUUGGAAUAAAGCAUGUAUAUUUUAUAUCUGAACUGAUCCAUUUCAUAUGGUGAUUGAACAUUUUUCAUUUCAUUGCAUAUGUUUUACAUGCAGUGGAGAACCUCGGGUCAAGUUCAGGCAUCAUCUGGCAAUUUGUAGUGUCAUCAUAGGCAGUCUUAUACUAAUGCAUGCCUUAUAUCCUUAAUGAGAUUGUGUGACUGAAUUAGAAAGAGAAGAUUAUUUCUAUCUCACUUGAGAAUAUAUUGGCUAUAUGAAUAAACAGCAGGAUAUCCUUCCAAAUGUUCUUCAUGCAGCAAGGACACCGUGUCAAAUUUUGUCGUAAACGCUUCAUGCAGCAAGGACACCGUGUCCAAAUUAGGUGUAAACGUGUUUCUUGUGAUAUCGUCACGUGUUGACUGAUACUGAAUUACUGAUGCAUGCUGUAUAUCCUUAAUGACGUGCCACAUUAAUUAUUACGUUACAAAAUUAUUUUGUACUCAUUUUCUAAUUUCCUUCACUUUACCUCUUUACCAUUCCCCUUUCUCUAAUUCCCUUUAUAAAGAUUUUAGCCACAAUUAAUGUAUCCCCUCUAGCUCCGCCCCUAAAAGUGAUAACCUUCUGAUUGGAAUUUGUAACAGCAUGGAGUUACCCAAAAAAACUGAUGGUAGUUCUUCCUCGACUCCACAAACGGCUGGUGCCAAACGACUUCGAGGACCCUAUAGGGGUGCCCGAUUGCGAGAUGGAAAAUGGGUUGCCGAAAUACGCAUUCCCAAGACAAAGAAACGGAUCUGGUUGGGAUCUCAUGAUACAGCUGAGGCAGCUGCUCAGGCUUAUGAUGAUGCCUCGUUUUGUAUAUAUGGAGUGGAGGGGCCAUGUAACUUUCCAAACAAUAGAAGGCCCCAGGUUGCCAGCCAGCUAAUUGGUUCCAAGUCGACGGAAGAAAUUCGACGAAUCGUAGAACAAUCUACUUCUGCGGGAGCUGCUAAGGUUUCUGAUACGAAAAGCCCCUCAAAGUUGUCAGCAGCUUGUCAUCUGAUUAACAGACCAGUUGUGCAAGAUCAAUUGGAUCUCAGUGGAACGGCUGCACACAAGACCUGUCCUGAACCCGUUGUCACAUCCAACGUGUCUGAGGUAGAACGGCAUGUGACUGAACUAGAUUUUACAGGUAAUGCAUCAGAAGUGGAGCCAUACAUUCCAACUUUUUCACCAGAAGAACCACCACUUCCUUGGGAAAACUUGCCGUUUGAUGAAGCGUUUAUAAAGGAAUCAGAUGACUGGAUACUAGACUUCAUGGCAGAGCCUGCAACUCAAAAAGAUUAAGUAUAAAUAGCAAUAAAUGUCAACUAUUAUGUGUAUCUGUUCCUAGUCUUGUUGCAAAAUAGAACUAUCUUGGCAGUUGUGAAUUGUGGUAGCUACAUUGUACUAUCAAACUUUGAUGCAUGAAGUAGCACCUCUCUAUGUGUAAAACUAACUGCUUUUCCUAUAUGAACUGGUGAAUGCUUUUUCCCUAUA